AUGACGACUACCGCGAGCCCUCUGGUGCAUGCCUUCCAUACACCUGGCAGACCUCAGAUGAUGCCAGACUUUGACACGCCCAUACACCACAAUCCUGCAGCGCAUAUCGAACCGAGUAACGUGCGCGGUAGCGCAGUCGAGGAUCCUUUCGGUCCAGACUUCACUAUCGCCGACAAUGAAUACGACCAAUCCCAGUCACUCCAUACCGCUGACAGCGACAAUGUCGCAUCGCGUCGAGCGUUCACGCCACCACUGGAAGCUCCGGCGUACGCCAUGCUCACCUUUCCGGACUGUGUCUUGUACAUCCGAUGCACAGAAUUCGAUCUAGGUCGAGAUGAGCCAUUUUAUCGAACAUAUAAAGCGAAGCUCAAGCGCGAGCGACGUGCAGAAAGAAGGCUCGGGAAAGGAAGAGGAUCUGAAUCAUUGGACGGUCGUCCAGAACCCGGAGCUCCCAGCACGUACAGUGAACACGGAGGUGCUGUUGGCUACGAUGACCCCGACGCGCCCGAAGAUGUGGUACCGGUCGCAAAAAGACGUAGGCUUCAAGUGCUUUCGCACGCAUCCUCGGCCAAGUCAAUCGCUCCGGCGAGUUUGAACUUGGCCGACCUGCAGGAAAAUGAAGCAUCCUCAACUACCGAAGACUUUGUUGAGUUCGUGCCAAUCCAUCCGCCGUUGGAAUCAGACAUCACCAAAAUCUCUCGAAAGCAUCUACAUUUUGUGCUGAAGGAUGAUGUCUGGAUCAUGUACGUGACUGGAAAUGGAGCUUAUGUCGACGAAGAAUAUUACGAAAAAGACUCAGAGAAGGAGAGGCCGAUCACGAUCAAAUCCGGCGCAGAAAUAAGAGUCUGUACUCUGCUUAUGCAAUUCCAUCCAGCCAAUGUGGAGGAGGAUCCCACAACCAGCAGUCCUGUGCUGAGCUCAGAGCCGCUUUCAGAAGCCGAGAGUGAGGCGAGCAGCUUGGGUGACGACGACGAUGACGAAGAAAUGGAAGAUGCAGGAGACGAAGACUCGACGAAUUUCGCCCGUGACGGGCAAUCAUCCAAAGCUAAAAUCAAGCUUAAGAUACGCCGACGCUCUGACGAUGAUGUCGAAGACCAAGAGACGAACAAGAAACGCAAGGCACCGGAGGAUGGCUUUAGUGAAGAGCGUGACGAGCAGGGCGGACCGCCCAUCCCCCCAGACAUGGCAGAUGACUCGCUGCUGGCCAAUGAAUCGCAGCUUCCUGCGCCGCGCAAAGGGCCCGGUCGGCCACCAAAGAAUGGGUCCUUCUCGAAACGAGAUUCAACUGCAAUGAAGAGGAAAGAAAAGGAAUAUUUGGCCAAAGGUCUUCCAGUACCAGAUGUCGCGGAGCUUUUGGAAAUCGUUCGUCGUGAGCAAAAAGAGAAUGACGCGAAGAAAAAGGCACGCACCAACGACAUGGCACCAAUGGACGUCAGACCGAGUAUCGAGCCCAUCAAUGGUGGUGAACAGGGCAACGCUUUCGUAGACUCCAAGCCAAGUCUCGAGGCGCCAGCCGGUAACUCGAACAGCGUGCCACUAGCCACUAUUCCUCCAAGCCUGCCAAAGGAGCGUUCACAAUCGCCCGUGAAGCCUAAAGAAGAAUGCGAUGAGAAUGAACUCAAGAAGCCAAUGGACACUUACCCUGUGCUUAUCGAUAUUGUUCUGACCACAGAGCCUAAUCGCACUGCGGACUUACAGCGCAUCUAUCACCUUAUGGAGAAGCGCUGGCCAUAUUAUCGUCAUUGCACUGAGGGCAAAGGCUGGCAGAGCAGUGUCCGUCACAACCUGCGUGAUAACAAACACUUCAAGAAUGCUGGCAAAAGUGGCAAGGGAUGGUUCUGGACCAUCAACGAUGAAGUACCUCUUGAUUCGAAGAAGAACAAGAGAGCGCCAUCACCAAGCCACCUUGUACAACCUCAAAUGCAGAACAGGGCUGGGCCAAAUGGCAUGCAGUCGAUGCCGCACCCCGGCGGCCAGUGGAAUAGAGGCGAUAGCCAGAUGGGUGGCGGUUAUAACAACUACGCGGCCCCUGGUAUGAUGCCUGCGCGAGCAUAUGGCCCCCACGAUGGAAUGGCUGCUGCCGGUUCAGGGGCGCACAACGGACAACAAGCAAAUGGCUUACAGCCGCCACCGAAUGGAAACGGUCAAUUCCCACAACAGCCUCAUGGCAAUCAAGGGGGUCAUGGAGCCUCAGGACAGCCAGGCCCGCCACCACCACGUCCACCACCGCCGGAGCGGGAAGCAACACCGCCUCCCUACAAUCCUCUGGGUUCGCUCAUUAAUGAGAUUGUCACAUACCGAGUGACUUGGUUCCGAAGUGAAGCCAACAAGGGAAAGUCUAAUGACGAACUGAGCGAAAUAUUCCGCCAUGCUACCGAGCAUUUCUCGAACGAUUUGCAUAAUUUACAGAACUAUAUGUUGUCGAAGGAAGUAGUGGGCACAGAGCUAGCUCUGAACCUCAAACGCAUCUUCGAUGAGCGCGGAUCUUUCGGGCCGUCAUACUACAUUCGUCAAGCCUUGGGAACAGAGCUUCGUCAUGUAGAGGGUAACAUGCCCGAGAUGCCGCUGGGUCCGCCCCGCGACGGCUUGGUCUACCCACCUAUGACCCCGGAGGAAAUCCGAGAGUACACCGCGAAAGGUGUCGGCCAGGCAGAGUAUCAAAAUGCUUUGCGGCUAGCAGAAGAAGCUACACGACUGCGAGCGGCAGAACUUGCUCGCUUCCGUGCAGAGCGUGCAGCCCGUGCGGCACGGGCCCAGCAAUUUACUCAACCUCCGCAAGGACAACACGUCAACCGUCCUCCCCACAAUGCUCCUGCUGGCAAUGUUGCACACCAGCACAAUGGCAAUCGUCAAGUUGGGGUCAACAGUGGCUCUCUGCCACAAAAUGGACUCCCACACAAUGGGUUUUCACAGAAUGUUCGACCCCAAAAUGCGCCUCCUCCGAAUGGCCCUCCUCAGAACGCUGCUCAGAACGCUCCCCACAAUGGUCAUGUUCAGAAUAGCUUACCUCAAAGUAGUUCUGUUCAGAAUGCUGGACCUCAGAAUGUUCCUGCUCAGAACAGCCCUCCUCAGAGCGGUCCUGCUCAGAAUGCUCCACUUCAGCAUGUCCCUGUUCAGAAUGCCCUACCUCAGAAUGCCCUACCUCAGAAUGCCCUACCUCAGAAUGGUCCUCCUCAAAUUGGCUCCACUCAAAAUGGCUUGCCUCCAGGUGGACUUCCUCAAACUAGCAUUCAGCCACAUCAAUACCCUUCGCCACAACCGAGGCAGGUCCCGAAUGUCGGUGCCAGCAACUCUGGUCCGCCAACUUCCCACCAAGCGUCACCAAUACAGCCUGGCCUCGUGUCAUCGACACCCAGCACUGGCCUUGCGACUACCGCAGCGCCGUUGAGCUCAGCAUUACCACCUCAGCGCAUAGAGAGCAAUGGCCAGACCUCCAUAUCUGGCCAGCCAGUGCGCAGUGGCCCGAUCGUGCCCAGCGGCAACACAUUUCCGACUGCGAACGCAACCCAAGCCAUGGCGCAGGCAGCAUCGGAUGCUCCUGCUGUGGGCGCGCAAAAACCGCCCGAGCAAUCGCAAACGAUCAAUGUAGAGGGCAUUCCAUCUUCCGAAACGGACGCAGCUAUACCUCAACCACAGCCAGAUACCUCCGCAAUCAACACUAGCAAUGCUGUUGAUGGUAGCUAUCCCUUCGCAACAACGUCGUCGCAGUCUCUUCCCGCAAACACACCUUCUCUCCCAUAG